AUGAUCGACUCACUGAGACAGGCCCGAAUCAGAUUCGUAAUCAAGAUCGACGUACAGCGACAAGUUUUGAACAAGAUCGACGGACGUGUGUUGUGCAAGAUCGACGUACAGACUCGGGCAUUGGGCGAGAUCGUCGGAUGGAGCCAGAGACAUAUUGGACUCGUAAUCAAGAUCGUGGAGCAGAGUCAACACAAACACAGUCGCUCGGAAGAGCUUAAACAAGCAGACGGCACCGAAGGUGGCCACGUGUUGGACGCAAUAUCAGCACCGCACGAACUUGGGGACGAGGAAUGUGUAUCAGCGAAGGGGGCGACUUCUAUGCAGAAGACGUUGACGAUAACAUGGCAGUCCUUCCCAGACCUCGCUGAACCGACGGAGGAAGCGAAGAACGAGGAUAUCCAAGUAAGAGAUUCAGAUUACAACACAACAGAGGCAAUCGACAAAUUGAGGCGAAUCAUCUGGCGACGUCACCAUCUUCAGAUCGGAAAGGAUAACGCCUUACCACCAGCUGCGGCAGGCGUCGUCUGCGACAUAGAUGUGAGAAACACCAAGCCCGUGCCCGAAUACUCGCCCCACAGCUCCGCGAGAAGCUGUUCCUGGUGA